UGGAGUUUUCCACAGCUCCCAAUGCCACUGUGCCUCUGCAACUCGUCCACAAACCAAACAGUCAGCAAAGUGUCGUGCAGUUGACAUCAACCAGGGUCAGUGUACCUUUUGGUCAAUGGAUUUUGCAGUAUAACGUGGAACCAGACACUCCAAAGCAGAGUAGCCCAAUGUUAGCAAAAAGAGAAGUCUAGUUACACAUUUUAGACAGUGGAAAACGGAAUAUCUGAAACCCAACGAUCCACAGUUGACACUCGAGUGCGCGAGGACUACAUUUAUGUUCUGGGGUUGUGUUGCUUUAGCUAGCUAAACUGUCUAAACUUGCACACCACCGUGGGGACUGUUAGCUAAAGUAGCAACCCAAAACGAACAGUCUACGAAGUCAAAUCAUACCGUACGAGGAAGAGGGCUGCAAAACCAUACUUGACCCUAUGAGGGAUGGCUGGUAAAGCUAGACUCCCUGAGGUCCUGGCUCUGAGUCUGUCCAGGCCCUGAGUGGAGGCACUUUUGCUCAGGCAGAAUGAGACAGCAAGGGUGGCCCCAGCGGUCCAUGUGAAGAGGAAGUGGAAGAAGGAGAGGAUGGGUGUCAAUGCCUCCAGCUAUCCCCAUUCGUGCUCACCCCGAUUUGGGGGCAACUCACAGAGCCAGCAGACGUUUAUAGGGACAUCCUCCUAUGGCUCCCAGGGCUCUGGAGGAGAGGGGAAGCUCUACAGCCUGGAGUCCGGCCCCGAGAAGCCCCAGGACAAAAAGAAGAAGAGCUCGGGCCUAGCCACGCUCAGGAGGAGAUUCAUCAAGCGCCGCAAGUCCAGCCGCUCGGCCGACCACGUGCGGCAGAUGCGCGAGCUCCUCUCAGGUUGGGACGUGCGUGAUGCCAACGCCCUGGUUGAGGAGUACGAGGGUACAGCAGCUCUCAAGGAGCUGAACCUGCAGGCGGGACUGGCGCGAGCCGAGGCCCGGAGCCUGCAGCGCGACCUGGCCGCGCUCUACCAGCACAAGUACUGCACGGACGUGGACCUGAUCUUCCAGGAUGCCUGCUUCCCCGCGCACCGCGCCGUGCUGGCUGCCCGUUGCCCCUUCUUCAAGACGCUUCUGUCGUCGUCGCCGGGCUACGGCGCUGAGGUGCUCCUGGACGUGGGCACGGCAGGCAUGGACGCGCCCAUGUUCUCGGCAUUGCUGCACUACCUGUACACAGGCGAGCUGGGCCCAGAGGUGGAUGCGCGGCUGCGGAACAUGGACGUGCUGGUGCGCCUGAGCGAGGAGUUUGGCACACCUAGCUCACUGGAGGAGGACAUGCGUGGCCUUUACGAGCACAUGUGCUUCUACGACUCACUGCUCAGCUUCUCAUCUGACUCGGAGCUGGCGGAGGUCUUCAGCGCCGGGCCAGCUGCUAGGGUAGUGGCUGGGGGAGGAGGGGUAGGAGGAGGACCGGUCAUCCAAGGACCCGCAGACGAAGAGCUGCGCGCCCACAAGGCUGUCCUCUCGGCCCGCUCUCCUUUCUUCCGGAACCUCCUGCAGCGGCGCAUCCGCACCGGCGAGGAGAUCACGGAGCGCGCUCUGCAGACUCCCACACGCAUCAUCCUGGACGAGUCCAUCAUCCCCAAGAAAUAUGCCUGUGUCAUCUUGCACUGCAUGUACACGGACGCCGUGGAGCUAGCACUUGUGCUGAGGGGAAGCCCCUCGGCUGGGAGCCUGGGGGAGGUGCAGGCCCUGGUGGCCGGAGGCAGGGGGCUUGCCAGUCGUGCUGAGGAGGCAAUGGAGCUCUACCACAUUGCCCUUUUCCUGGAGUUCAGCAUGCUGGCCCAAGGUUGCGAGGACAUCGUGGUGGAGAGCAUCUCUCUGGACACGGUGGUGCCCAUCCUGAAGUGGAGCUCGCAGCCCUACGGCUCAAAGUGGGUCCACCGGCAGGCCAUGCACUUCCUGUGUGAGGAGUUCAGCCAGGUCAUGACCUCUGACGUGCUCUACGAACUGGGCAAGGAACACCUGGUGGCUGCCAUCCAGUCAGACUAUCUGCAGGCUAGCGAGCAGGACAUCCUCAAGUAUCUCAUCAAGUGGGGAGAGCACCAGCUCAUCAAGAGGAUGGCUGACCGAGAGCCCAACCUCCUAAGUGGCACGGCCCACAGCGUGAACAAGCGGGGGGUGAAGAGGAGAGACCUGGACCUGGAGGAGCUCAAGGAGAUCCUGUCCCCUCUGCUACCCUUCGUCCGCACCGAACACAUACUGCCCCCCCACAGCGAGGUCCUCUACGACACAAUGAAGAGGGGUCUGAUCAGCACCCCUCCCUCAGACAUGCUGCCAACAGCGGAGGGUGGAAAGGCCAACUCUUGGCUGAGGCAAAAGAGUGCCGGCAUCUACGUGCGACCCCGCCUCUUCUCGCCCUACGUGGAGGAGGCCAAGUCUGUGCUAGAUGAGAUAAUGGUGGAGCAGACGGACCUGGUGCGGCUGCGCAUGGUCCGCAUGUCCAACGUGCCCGACACCCUUUACAUGGUGAACAAUGCUGUGCCACAGUGCUGUCACAUGAUCAACCACCAGCAAAUCGGUGGCAGCCAGACGACCCCACCCUCAGUGGUGGCCAAUGAGAUACCAGUUCCCAGGCUGGCGGUGGUGAAGGAGAUGAUCCGGAGGCUGCAGGACCUGCGUCACACGGACCAGGUACAGCGGGCGUACGCCCUAAACUGCGGCGAGGGUGCCACGGUGAGCUAUGAGCUGCAGAUCCGCGUGCUCCGCGAGUUCGGCCUGCCGGACGCCGCCGCAGAGCUAUUGCAGAACCCUCACAAGUUCUUCCCGGAGGAGCGCUUUGGCGACGAGAGCCCCGUCCUAGCGCUGCGCCAGCCGUUGGGUGGCAGCCGUGGUGGAGGGCGUUGCCGGGUCAACAGCAGCCCAGUGGUGGAGAGCAUGUUCACCGACCUGGAGGCCAUGGCGGGCUUCCACCCGCCGCUGCCACCUCCCCCACCGCCUUACCACCCACCGGCCACACCCACUCACAAUGCCCAGCUCAAAGCCAGUGGAUGGAGGCCUGGCCGUGCCCCCAGCCAGCCGCCGUCACGCUCCUUCUCCUACCCCUGCAACCACAGCCUGCUCCACCACACAGCGAGCUCCUCCUCCAAGCACGGCAGCCCCGCCUACCCACCGGCUGCCAAGCCCCUGCCGCCGGACUGCACCAAUCCCCAGGGAGGGGGGGUACGCACUCCGCAUCAGGAUAAACAAGGGAACGUGGUGCCGGUCAUCAACGAGUUCAUGCCGGACAUUGCCAUGGGCGUGUCGGCCAUGACCCUGAAGGAGCGCCGCCUGCCCGAGGUCACCAUGGAGGUGGAGCCUCACGACCCCCACCCUCACCCUUCCACGGCUCCUCCCGCUGUGCCCCACUGCCACCUGGGCCUGAGCCGCCACGGUCCGCACGCCUCACGUAAGAGGCACGCUGCCGAGCCCAAGCCUGAGGCCCAGGCGUCGGAGUAUCCUGACUUGUAUGAGUUUCCCGGGCGCCACGUGACCUCCUUCGCCGGGCCGGACCUCUACAGUCACAAUCGAGUUCCUACGGGAGGGGGCCCAGUCCCUCCACAGUACUCCCCCGACGAACAGCAGCCAAACCCCUGCCGCGGCCCAGUCGGCACCCCACUCCGCCUGGAUGUUCUGGAGCAACCCCCCCAGAGACUAGAUCUGGCUCUGGCCAUACAGAGCGGAGGAGGAGUGCAAGCAGCCGGGGCAUCACACAACCCGAGAGGACGCGCCCGAACUGAAACAGACCUUACUUGCGGACUGGGACAGGCGCGGCACGCGGAACCUUACUCCGAGGAGGUGGUGGGGGCCAGGGACCGCAGGUCGCCCAACAAACCUGAGUACCCUUACAGGAAGUCUGCACUCUGACCCUCCGCAACCAAGACUGUCAGAGGCCUCGGGUUAGCUAAAAUCAUAUAGACAGACUGGAAAAGGCAAGAGCGCUAAAGGACGGUUUGCUCUAGGGGGAUUUGGGGUUGACGGCUUAGUGGUUGGCAGUGUCUCCGGUGACGGAGUGGUCAUACUCAUGCUCAGUUCAGGGCAAAGGCACUAAGCACACAUAGUAGUCCCCCCCCUCCCCAGGCGAGCCCCAGGUGCUGCACCAACUAACGAUGUGCGGCGGUCACAGUGCCUUCAGCACAGAGCCAUGGUGGGGGAUGAGGAGGAAAGGCUCGGUUUGGUUGAGAAUUAUCUGUCCAAAUAGCCAUUAGUCUCAUGAAUUAACAUAAUGGGUCCUAGCCCUUCCCAUCUUCCAGAUUGGAUCCAUGCUCAACUGUUUAUCUUCCAAUCACAUUUAUUAUUCUCAAAAUGAAAGUCUUGACUGGUCAUUGAACGUGAAUAAAUCCUUCCCUUUCUUCCUAGUGUUUUGGAUUUUGACAACGCACAGUCAUCGUUUCAUUUCCAUUACACUCAUUUCCUGCAUCAGGAUGAGGGUACUGUAGAGUUAUAUAUUAAUAUUUUUGUCCCGGUAUGCUUUCCUUAGAAAUAAAUGGAAAAAUGCCCAGGCAAUGAGUUGCAAACUCAUUUCAGCAACCUGCCCAUUACAAAUAGCUCCUCCUUUUGAAUAAGGAGGAAUUGCAGUAAUAGCUCUUGUAAUCCUUUAUGACCCACGGGCUGCAUGUCAGUACGAGCAAUUUAAGAUUUGAGCAAUAGCACAAAGAGGAGAAGAAAAAAACAAAUUAAAUCUUCAUAACACUACCAAUGUGGCUACAAGGCAGGAAUAAUAAUUGCAUAGCUGCUUUUAUUAGAAGUGACUAGAAGCCAUUCACUUUUCAUACCCAAAGUUUCUGUGAGCGGUAGCCACUGCUCAGCGCUAUCUCUGGUCCUCUCCCACACUUACCCUUUGCAGAUGUCCCUUUACCUUAACCGUACUGUAAUGUUCAGUAGCCUGAGUGCUGGACACUGUAAGUCGUGUGAACCCUGGCUAGUAUUCCAGACCACAUUUCCCACUUUAUUGAUCUAUUACUGUCGAUUGGCCAGAACAUGCAUAUACACCUGGUUUCCGGGGUCUAAAUUCAACCUUAAUAUUUAAAAAGGAGGGAUAGCACAAUAGCAACAGCAAAUAAAGGACUGAAGUAGAAUAUCCCUGCCUUAACCCUACAGCAAUUUGUGGGGGUUUAUCAAGAUGCAGGCCCCAUGACUGUGCCCCUCUGCCUUUUCAAUAGCUCAGCAAUGCCGGCGGCCAUCUUGGAUAAACUUCAACCAAACCAAAGCCCAGUUCCUCAAUCCAUUGACUCCCUGUCUCCCUCCAUGGAGAUCUGAACAAGACUGCUUUGGUCACCAUCCUUACUUUGACGUACUGUACCCAACAACCAACGAUUAUGAUGAUGCGGUUAAAUGGUUCCUCUUGAGGAAUUUUUUAUGUCUUGUCCACUGGGGGCAAAGACUUACUCACGAAACCAGCAUAGCUUCAAUUAAAACACACUCACUCACGGGUCCUCCCUUUCAAUUCAGAAUCUCAACACAUUUUCCAUCCCAUUUUUCCAUAGUCCCUGUUGCGGCGCAUUGUCAGAACAUUACAUUGACUUGGGUUCACUGUAAUUAUCUUCCUUCUGUUAGCAUCUCCUCGCACAUGGAGAAAUGAAAUUGCUGAAUUGUGCCCAUACUAUACUACCAUUCACACAUUCUCUAUAGUUCACUGUGUACCUCAAUAUGCCACUUUUUCCCCCUCAGGACAUGACUUGUGUGUCCGAGAAGAAAACGGACCUAAACAGAGGGGGGGACUACCUAGACUUAUAAGAAAUCCUUAUUUCAGUUUUCCAUCACAAAAUGUUUUAUAACGUUUUCCGUUGCGUGCCCUAAUGAACAUGACCUGGCUCUCUGUAUAAUGCUGAUGCCUCAUGUUUGUCUGUGAGGCAGAGCCUCACCUCUGGUGGUUAGCAAAUGAUGUUUCUCUCACAGCAAACCUUGUCACAUGAAUACCUUCCUUUAUCUAGGCAGUCGAAAUUACUAAUUUCUGUAUGCCCUUUCAGCGUGCGAUUAUUCUCAAGGCAGAAGGUACUGGAGAAGCAUAGAAAUCCCUACUUGUUGGUGAUUUUUUAAAAUUGUUAUUUUGAACCCGGUUGGUCAACUGCAAGGAGACAGACUAUAGUUAUUGUUUAAGGUGUUUACCUAUUCAGUUUCAGAAGUUGGAUGAUUUCCUCCAGUUGGUUUUGAUGCAUGCAUGUAUGAAUGGUGGGACAUGGAAUACUCUUUCUAUCAAUUCAUGAAUGAGGUCUGAUUGUGAAGCAGGUUGGGAUAAGGUUGGCUAAGUAUGUUUGCAGGCUUUUUGUCUCCCCUCGCUUUCGAUGGCGGCGACUUGAAGACUAAUGCAUAUCACCAAGAGAUGAGUAGGAGAUGAGUAUCAAUUUGAACUAGUUGUAGUUGGCAGAUUGGAGUAUUAUUGGCUACGGCACAUUAUAAUUUGAUUGCCACUGUCAGAAAAACUAUCUUGGCAUGCUCAGAACCUACAUUUGGUUGUCGGCUCGUGUCAAGUUGGUCAAAAGUAGCAUCCGUCGUCUGAUAUUAGUUAUCCCUCUAACGGCUCUGUUUACUUUUCCAUUGCUCUCUCCUGCACCCCCUUCUGGGCUCAUUGGCAUUUGAUGGUGCAAUUCCUCAAUUCAAACUUGGGUCCCUUUCUGUUCUUGUUUUAGCCUGGUCCCAGAUCUGUUUGUGCUCUUGCCUACUCCAUUGUCAAGCUAAAUGUUUGGCAUGACAAUUCCAUAAGGAGCUGGUAAGAGAGCAGAAACAGACUUGUAACCAGGCUAUGUCUCUGCGCAGACUUCUUUACUUGCUACAGACACUCCACAGUACUUUAACCUUAAUCACUCUCAUUUUACGCCAAGCACUCCCUCAUUUGGACCUCUGGAACUCAUAUACUGGAAUGCAAAUGAUUGGAACAGUACAGUAGUGCUAAUAUCUUAGAUAUAUCUUGAUGUUUCUGUGGCUGUUUUGCUAAGAUCAUAACCUGCAGAAGAUUGUUUUCCUUGGCUUUUCUGCUAAUCUUUUCGACCUCCCGUGGGUGAGUGCUCACUGCUGCCGCUGCUCGAGGCUAUAAGGGGUGGUGUGUGUGUUCACACGUGUCGGUGGGUGUGUGUUGUUCAUGCUCUGUUCUCCGCGGAUGAGCUCAACAACAACUAAACCAUUGUCCAUAGUGGGCUCUCUCUCUCUUUUUCUCUUACUAAGGACAUAGUGGACAGUACUUUAGCUAAUAUGGUUGUGAAAGAGAGGUGCAGUUGUCAUUGGAAGAGGAAGGCUGUCUUGAGUGGGAGGUUGGUGGCAUGUGAUCCUUUAUCAUGGACAGAUGAUGGUGCCACUCUUGGGUAGUUUGAAUCAUUUAUAUUUUUGGGUGCUGGGUUGAAGUUUUAGUAUGGAUAACAGUUUAUGUUUUAUUUUUUCAAAGACCAGACUACUCUGCAAUAUGAGACCGUCAGUGUUGUGCAUAUUGUCUCUAAGGAGGGGAGAGAAAAACUGAGUGGGUCAGCGCAGCCCUUUGCAAACACUGGGCCUGUCACUGUGACUGCUGCAGAAGUGAGCUUAGAAGAGAGCUACCCCUCUCAGCACCCUCACUCAAUGCCUAGAGUACCCCCACUCCCCCGAAGGCGUGUGCCGCCCCUGAGUCACGACCCCAAGUGGGGGGGCGGGGAGUGCCGUGGGUCUACUCACUGGAGCAUGAGCUACCGGAGACCUAAAAUAGUCACUCGGCCACCCCGUACUGCAGCCCCCGAGGCCAGAGCCUCCCCUUCCUCCCUGCAGACCGCUAAGGUCAUCCAGACCUGACCUACAGAAGAUGGAGGGAGAGGCAGAGAGGGAGAAGAGGAGAUGGGAGAGCCAUGGGAGUGGGACAAAAAUAUGAAAGAUAUGAGAACCAUGAGAUGUUAUCUCACGCUUUUCCCAUUACCGAACGGCUCCCCCGGCAGUAAUGUAGAGAUAGGGGCUUUAGAUCUAAUAAACACGUUGCCCCCCUCCAAGCAGCACUAAGGGAAUGCCAGGCCGUGCUCUAUUGGGCCACUUUUCUUGUGGGCUUGUUUUAACCUUAAAGGGAAGGUCUUCACCCUGAGACCCUGUGUGAUUAAGUGAUAACCAACCAGGCAUGUUGGAAUCGGAUUCUGCAGCCCCUGAGGACUGCAGCCGGAGGUCUCUUGAAUCGAAUAACAGUUAAACAAAAUCGGUUUGGCUUAGUCAUUCGGGUCUGUUGUCGUUUUUGAUAUAAGCUAGUUUGUUUUGAAAUGCAAGUAUUUGCUAAUUGUAGCUACUGAUGCAGCUUUCCGCAAACUGGCAAAUCUAGGUUUGAGCUAUAUUCGUUGUGUAUUUGGACUUAUGAACUCAUUUCCUAGCCAAAAUAGUUACCUGUUUACUUUACUAAUACUGCACAUGUAUGAGCUAAUUGCUAUGCUAAUACAGUUAUGAGCUUAUGGCAGUUUGGCAAAUACAGGUGGUAUGAGCUGUUUUCUCUCCAAAUGCUAGUGUGAGCACAUUUUUGCUGACACAGGUAUGAAUUGAUUUUGUUGGUCAUUCAGGCAUGAGCUCAUCUAUUUUAAUGGCAAAUGCAGAGGUCUCUUUGAAGUGUAGAGAUGACCCCUGGUCUGCUCUGAACUGUGUCUCAUCUGUACUGAGGAUGAGGGCGUGACUCCUGGCUUUGGACAGAGUGAGUAGACGAGCAUUACCAAUCCUGCAGUGUGUACGUUAUUUCGCGUUUCAUGGGUUAGGCUAGAUUACUAAUUCCAUUGUAUUGUUGUAUAUGUGUGUUUUACCACAAUGGUUGGACAAACAUGACUGUUGCAAUAAAGAUGAAAGAUGGUAACCUGCAGACUAUUAACCCUUUAGAGAACCCAUAUCAUGAUGCAUACACACUCAUUUGAUUCAGAAUGAUAGAAGACAUUGACAGCAACUUGUACAGAGGGCCUCACUAUUGCACUAAAAUUAUAUCUUAAAACAGUAUUGUAUGUUUGUAUUCACUGAUGAGUAGCACCCCUGUAGGUAGAAUUGAGAUGUUCAGUUGAUUGUCCUCUUUGGUAGUUAGAGUUUGGUGAGUGACACAUUUCCCUUCACUAACCACGUUUCCGAGUAAAGUCAUACCGUAUUUUUUUAAAAUCAUGACAGCUGUGAUGGUACGCGGACAUGGUGGGAUCUUUUUGUG